AUGUUACGAGCCUCGCGCCGCAACGCUGAUCGAGACCAGCUCCCUAUCUGUCAUUCGGCCACCAACCGCCCGGAUGACAAGGUCGAGUUCAAGGCCAGGUGCGACUCGCUGUGGCAGUCGCGUGGCACCAUGCAGUCGUGCAUCCAACACUGCUCCCCCGCCAAGCGCGUUCCUGCCAAGACAAAACCUUCUCGUAACGCCGUCUCUGCGCUGCGCCGUGCCAAGACCAGCUCGACAGGCACGUCCGUCCACAGCUCCAUCACCACCGUCCUCCUCCUCGCAUCGAUCAUAUCGCCAACAAUGCUCGACGCAACAGCCUCUCGAUUUUACACCACACCCAUGACCACGCCGCCGUCGCGGCCGGAUGCGACGCCGACGCAGCGAAGGUACCACUACCUCGAUCACCGCCCGCCCACCGGAGUGCCUGAGCGAGCAACACUACUGCUGCUGCACGGCUUCCCCGACUUUUCCUACGGCUGGAGGAAUGUCGUUGCGCCGCUGAAACUCGCCGGCUUCCGACUCAUCAUCCCGGACCUGCUCGGAUACGGUCUCAGCUCGUCGCCGCCCACCUCGGCCGCAUCCACCGCGCCGGGCACCGAAUCGCGCCUCGCAGAGUACGGAGGCCGCGCCAUCUCGAUCGACCUCAACGGCUUGCUCGACCACGCACGUGCUGCUCAGGGCUCCGAAUACGGCGCAGAGAGCCUCACCUCCGAUGGCCGCAAUGGCCGCGUCAUUGUCCUGUGCCACGACUGGGGCUCGUGGCUCGGCUGGAGAUUCGCACAGUGGUACCCCGAGCGUGUCAUGGGCGUGUGCGGUCUCUGUGUGCCCUUCCAGGCUCCCACAUCCAAGUAUCUGUCCAUCGACAUGGUGGUGAAGAACGUGCCCAACUUUGGAUACCAAAAGUUCUUUUCCGAGGAGAGGAGCACCAAGAUCAUCGAGCAACACUUGGAGCGCUUCUUGGCCAUCAUCUACAUGAUCCCCGGUCUGUUUAGCGCCGACUCGGAGAACGACGAAGAGAUUCGGGACUGGCAUCUGCUGGGCAAGCUGGAAAAGCUGAUUACGAUGCCCGAGUUCUCGGACAUCCCGCUCAAAUACCUCGGUCGCAUGAUUCUGGAUGGCGAGCAGCUUGCGCACUAUGAGCGCAUCUUCCGCAGCCGCGGCAUGGAGGGUCCGCUCAGCUGGUAUCGCACGCGCGAGGUCAACUGGCAGGAAGACCGUGCGCUCACAUCCAAGACGCUGCCCGAAUCGCUACCCGCUCUGCUCAUCUCGCCCAAGGACGACGUCGCCGUACCCCCGGCCAUGGGCAGGACCAUGCUCAAACACGUGCCCCAGACCGAAAUCAUCGAGGUGGCGGGAAGCGGACACUGGGUCCAGAACGAGCUGCCCGGCGUGGUCGUGCAGCACUUCAAGGAAUGGGUCGAACGAUCGGUGCUGCCAAACGAAAAGAAGGGCAGCGGCAUGCUCGGGUGGCUGCGAAGCAAGCUCUAG